AUGAAGGUUGUCAGAACAGAGAACGAGGUUCUAAAAGCAGGGAAAACGGUGUGCUAUCUUCCGCAUCACCCCGUCUUCAAAGAGUCUAGCUCAACAACGAAGGUACGUGUGGUAUUCGACGGAUCUGCCAAAACAUCUACCAACCGUUCACUGAACGAAGUGCUUCUCACCGGACCGGUGAUCCAGGACGAACUCUUCGAUCUUAUGCUUCGGUUCCGCAAGCACGCUGUUGCGUUGGUCGCUGAUGUGAAGAAGAUGUAUCGACAAAUUCGCAUACAUCCGGAAGACACUUCUUUGCAGCGGAUUUUGUGGCGUUUUGAUCCAUCAGAGCCGGUGAAAUCCUACGAACUUCAGACGGUCACAUACGGCUUGGCUCCAUCAUCAUUUCUCGCCACAAGAGUGUUGAAGCAGCUCGCAAUAGAUUGUGAAGCAAUGUACCAAAUUGGCGCACGAGCUGUUUCAGAGGAUUUCUACAUGGACGAUUUCCUUUCCGGGGCAGACACUAUAGAACAUGCCCCGAAAUUGCGAGACGAAGUCCAAUUGCUGAUGGCAGAAGGCGGUUUCCAGUUGAGGAAGUGGAGUUCAAAUCGACGAGAGGUAUUAAACGAUCUGCCGUCGGAGGCACUAGGCGAAACUGCCACGUUACAUUUCGAAUCGGAGCAGAGAGUAAAGACGUUAGGAGUAGCAUGGGACCCAGAGCCAGACGAGUUUUGUAUUGACGUUCAAAAGGUAGACGACAAUGCACAAUGGACAAAACGGAAAAUCUUUUCAGCCAUCGCAAAGCUCUGCGAUCCUCUAGGGCUUGUGUCUCCCGUAAUAGCAUGGGUCAAAAUUAGGCUGCAACAUCUAUGGCUAUCUUCUAUCGAUUGGGACGAACCAGCACCGCAUGACAUUGUCGCACGCUGGUCGGAAUUCUACGCUCAACUUCCUCUAUUGCAAGGUUUCAAGAUAUCCCGUUUCAUAUUUUUACCUGGCACGUCAACAAGUCAGUUUCAUGUCUUUUGCGAUGCAUCGGAGGUCAGAUACGGUGCUUGCAUCUAUGCUCGGUCGGCCAGCAAGGAAGCUCAAGUAAAAGUUGAGUUAAUUGCGUCAAAAUCUCGCGUAGCGCCACUGAAACGGCUGUCGCUACCGCGACUGAAGUUAUGUGCUGCACUUUUAGGGGCUAAAAUCUAUUCUAAGGUCUCUGCAGCGCUGAGGAUGGAGGGAAAUCCUUGCUGGUUCUGGUCUGAUUCGAUGGUUACCCUGCAUUGGAUACGUGCACCACCCAACACAUGGCAAACAUUCAUUGGAAAUCGCACUGCAGAGAUCCAGCAGCUCACGCACGGCCACAGCUGGAAUCACGUCAAGGGAUCCGAGAACCCAGCGGAUCACAUAUCUCGCGGUAUGUUGCCGGAUGAAUUCACCCACAGCAUCAAUUGGCGGUGCGGUCCGCCUUGGCUUAUAAACGACGAUCAGUGGCCCCGAAAUGAUAUGCUCAUCGCACCACUCGAAGACGUACUGGAGAGGAGAAAAGUAGUAGCAGUAGUUCAAAAAAAAAUCCCCGCCGGACCCGUUAUUCGAGUGAUUCUCCUCAUUUUGGCAACUGGUUCGCGUUACCGCAUAUAUGCUACGUUUUGUAAACGGUUGUCCUCAAAAAAUAGCAGGCAGCAUACGUCAUUCCUCUCUACGAAAGAGUUGGAACGAGCAAAGGAAGCGUUAGCUAAAGGAGUACAGUGCAAGGAAUUCGCGCAGGAGUUGAAAGAUUUGAAGCAGAAGAACCGUAUCACUGCAGUCAUCACUAAAACUGCUACGUCCGUUUCUCGACGAAAAAAGAAUAAUUCGUCUCUGGGGAAGAAUUCAACAUUCCUUACGAAAGCUACCAGACUAAACAUCCCAUAG